AGGGAGGAACUGCAAUCAGCCAGCCAGCGAGAGCGAGCGAGAGAGCACAGCAACUUGCACGCAAUCAGGGUUCAACAGGGGAUGUUGUUGUUUGUUCUUGAAGGCAGGCCCCUUCGCAAUCGCUUCCUCUAGCAGUUUCGCUGCUGUUGGUGUUCAUGGCGCUGCAGUUCUCAUCCCAAUUUCUUACCCACCCAUUCAAUUUUUCUUGUUUUCACCAGGAUUGAUGGCGUCAGCUCUGUUUCUUCUUGCUGCGUAUCAAGCUUCGUUUUGAUCCAUAGGCGUGAGUGGGAAGCCAUCGUUCCAUUGUUGAUCUGAGGUCCGGGGUCACUUUCAUGUUUAGUGUAGCAGGGUGACGAAAAUGGGCAUCAAUUGUAGUUGGGGUUGGGUUAGCUCGGCUGCUCAGUCGUCUUGUUACGGAUGUGUCGGGAAAGAAUUGCAUUAUUUGAACUGAAGCUGGGAGCACGAAACAACCCGCAUCAGAUGAUUAUGCGUUCAACAGCGGCCUGAAUUGUGGACGAGGUUCAACAGUGGCGCAAGGGUGGUAGAAUUGGUCGAAUUGUGGAGGUGGAACUAGGGUUUUAGGGGCAUUCCAAGAGAUGGCGAGGACCGUGGAGCCAGAUACUGCUCCGCCCACUGACACAUAUUUUCCUCUCAUAUUAGGGCCAACCAUAUUGGAACCGACCCCAACUCGGUUUUAUUCCUUGAGAUAUGAAUUCAAACCAGCCUCAAUUGAUACAGGCACUCCUGGCACACUCCACAAGAGUGUUGAGAACAAGGUCACCGUGGAAUUUUCGAAUAACCAGGUCGGGAAACCCAAAGUGGCUUUUCAAGGGAACAGUGAGGAUUGCAAAGACAUGGAUGCUGUCAUCUUCUUUGAUGGACAAAAUUUUCGACUGGAGCGGUUGCAUAAAGCUGUGAAGAGCCUUAGGCAUUUGAGGCAGGGUGAGACGGCUGCAGCUUUAGCUGGAAGUGCUGCAUCGGGGGCUGUUUCUCCCAUUCAUUCAAACGGGGGAUAUAACAAUGCAGAGAAGAAUGCCUUCAAAGCCCAUCAUGUCACAGAGACUAUCACAGAUGAGCCCGAUCCUGCUCCCAAGCCUGAAGUAGCUCCAGCACCAGCACCAAAGAAGCCUACAAAAAGGAAAGGAAGCUCUUCAAAAGCCUCCAAUAAGAGGAAUUCUCCUGCUGAUGUCAAGGAGGCAUCUCCCGAAAUAGAUAUCGAUGAUCUUGAGAUUCCUGAACCAGAACCAGAGCCUGAACCAGAGAGAGAACCGGAACCAGAGUCCAAGAAAGCUAGACAAGCACCUGCUUCAGUUGAGGAGGUUGAUGUCGUUGGGGACGAGGAGGAAGAGAUUGUGGAAGUGAUUGAGGAGCACAGCGAUUACGAGAUUGAAGAUGUGGAUGUAAGCGAGGACGAGGAAGCUGAUGGAGGUGGAAAGUCUGGAUCGGAUCCUGCCGCAUCACGAAGGGCUCAAUCAGCCACUGCAGCUGGUAAUAGAAGUUCCAGUGAAAGUGGUAGUAGUAGUAGUGACAGUGGUAGUGGUAGCAGCAGUAGUGAGAGUGGAAGUGACGACGAUGAAUCAGCAAGUUCAGGAGAUGACAUUUAGGGACAUAUUCUUUAAAUACUAGAUCUUGGUGCGCAUUUGCUCCAUACUUAGCUCUACACUGUUUAGGUCUCGCUGGAUUAUUCUGCAGGUCGAUCAGAGUUUUGAUACGUGAAGGUGGUGCUCCUUGAGUGGGUGUUUCUUAUAACUCGCCAGACAUGAUCAUGCCUGAAGAACCCCAUUGCUUCUACCAGUGUCAUGUGAACCUAGUACAUAAUUUUGUCAUAAUUAUGAGCUCUGAUUUGAGCUGUCUGUGUACGAGUACUCCCGGUUAUGGGAAAUGGUGGCAGUUGCCAUCGAUAUGAGAUUAUAAUACAAAAUUUUCCCCUAAAGGGUUAGCCUCUCUUUUCA